CCAUAGUGUCUUUUGGGUCUUGAAUAUGGAUAGAGCAAUUUUUAGAACGUAUUUCACAUAUGUUUUCCCUGUGGUGGAUAUUUGUAAAUGGUUGACUUACAAAGAUGACACCUGCCUCAAACGCAGAGAAUUUUCAAUAAGACUUGUAAAAGGUGUAUACCUGAGGUAUCUGACUUUUGAAUUUCCUAAUCAUCUUAGAGCGAUUAUUUUAAAAGAAAAACCUGUAGCGAUUAAUAUUGGAGCUAUUUACAAUGUGCCACCGAAGAAUGGUGAUAUGUCAAAAACCUGUGAAGAAAGGGAAUUAAUCUUCGAUAUAGAUGCUUCUGACUAUAACGAUGUCAGAACAUGCUGUCAAAAUAAAGAAAUCUGUAAAAGGUGUUGGAAAUAUGUUGUUAUUGCCUGUAAAAUAUUAAAUAGGCAUUUAAUAGAUUUUUUGGGAUAUAAAAAGAUACUAUGGAUCUUUUCUGGCAGAAGAGGAAUACAUUGUUGGGUUUGUGAUAAAGAAGCUAGGAAAUUGUAUCCACGUGGUCGGUGUGCAAUUAUAACUUUCAUGAAACACCAGUUAUUAAAGUGUGUACUUAAGGAUGACCAAUUUUGGCUAAGAAAAUUGAAUUAUUACGAUAGAUGCAUGCUUUCAUUUAUAGAACCUGAAUUUGUACCUCUAUGCAUCAUAGAUCAAAAUCUACUUGGUACAGAGGAAGGUAUGAAUUAUUUCUUGGCUUUACUUCCUGAUCCGGCGCAGGAAGAUGUUAAAAAAAUAUUUCAAGAAAAAACAACAAGCCUUGAUAGAUGGAAUGUAUUUAUUGAAUAUCAUAAAUUAGUGAUUAAUUCUCAACUAGAGUAUUGGAAAAAUCUGGCAGAAUAUGUAGAUCAUGUAAAAUUACAUUAUUGCAGUCCCAGGUUUGACAUCAAUGUAACAAAAGAUGACAGACAUCUAUUGAGGUGUCCAUUUUCUACACAUUAUGAAACAGGAAAAAUUGCUUUGCCAUUUGAUAUCACUCAAAUUGAAGAGUUUGAUCCAACAACUUCUCCUACAAUAAAUCAGAUAGUGGCAGAAGUAAAUUUUAUACGUCAAAAACAAUCGUAUGAAGACAAUUUACGCUUCAAAAUUGAUUACAAUAAGACUUCUUUAAAGUAUCCUAUAAUUAUUUUUCGUAAAUUUAUAGAAGAAGUAAUUUCAGAGUAAUAUU